AUGUGUGAUGAAAUCUCCUUCACCCUGUCAGACAUAAAUCUCGAGGUCGAACUGUGCCAAUUUUUAGAAGAAGAAUAUGGAAAGACAAAACAAGACAAGACACAAAAUGUGUGCAUAUACAACAUCGAAAGGGUAAAAAAAAAAUGCAUUUAUGGUUACAACGAAGAUCCAGAAGAAUUUUUAAAAAUAUACUUCCUAUACCCACAUACAAUUAACUAUUUUGCCAGCUUACUCAAAAAGAAGUUAUUUAAAAAUCGAAUUUGGGAACUAGAGUUUUUUAGCGAAAUAAAUUUUGAAUGUUUUAAGAAAGAAGAAAAAUGGAAUGUGAAAAAUAAAUGCGACAUGGAAUGUAUACAGAGGAACAAAUACUUAGACGUGAAUGCUCCAAGAUUUUUUACAGACAAAACGACAAAUGUUAAUUUUUCGAGUUCAAGAAGAGGAACCUCGUACGACAUCGAGUGUGACAUACGACAUGAACAUAUUUUGAAUCACCGGAUUUAUUCCUAUGAGUUUGAAAAAUAUCAGAAAAAAUGGAGGGAAGAAUUGAAUUUUGAUUUACCUAUCAAUUAUUUGGACUCCUUUGCGAAACUGUGGAUGAAGGAGAAGAAAAGGUGCCAAAGGGUGAACCCCCAUUUGGUGAAGGACAUUUUUAAUUUUGACGAUUUUGAAAAGGAGCUGAACUUUGCCUCGUUUGAUGUGCUGACCGACAGGACGAAGAAGCUCUUUGCGGACUUUUUGAAGUCGCUGGGGGUUAGCGGCGAGGGGGAACGGGUUAGCAGCCAGGCUAAAUCGGCUUGCGGCGAGGGGAACGGGUUAGCAGCCAGGAUAAAUCGGCUUGCGGCGAGGAGGAACGGGUUAGGAGCCAGGUGAAUGAACAUCAAGUACGGAAAUAUACUCUUCCUUGAAAUUCUCACAGAAGUGAAAAGCGAAAAUCACAACUCUUCCAACUAUAGGGAGGAUGAAAUAAAGGCCAUAUUUUAUCUGGUCAGAGAUGAGAGACUUAUGAAUUACUACGAAGAUUAUACAAUCAGGAAGAAACAAGACCAAAAGGGAAACUCCUCCCAGGGGUUGAAACAUGCAGCGAUGGUACGUAUAUUCAUAGGGAUCUGUUCGAGGAGACACCUGGAGAAGAAACCUCCUGUGGAGGGGACCAGACGGAAGGGAAGAAAAAUGCCCAAGAACAAGAAGAGGAAGAAAAAAAAAAGGGGACUUCAUUUCGAUGUAAAUUACCAUAGUGUCAACAUCCACAUUGCGCAAAAUGAAAGAGAUCUUAUAAAAAAGUUGAUCGAUAAAAUUAAUUUUUAUUCACCAUUAAGUAUAGUUUCGUAUGAAAACGACAAGUACAAUAUUAGCUACAUAAAUCAGAGGUGUGUGGCACUAGACAUGGGCAGUUUUUACACACACAUUAGCAAGCUAAAUGACCAGCGAGAAUUCACAGAGCUGAAUAAUGCGUAUAAUAUAAAUAUAAAAGGUAGACUUAUCGAGAGCUUGUAUAAAUUGUCAAGCGUUUCAAACACAUCUUUUGAAAAUUUGUGCAAGCAUUAUUUGAAUGUUAAUGUGCCCUCCAUAAGUAGGCACACUCUGUACUGCUGGUACAGCUACGCUAGCAGGGAAUCACGAAACGAUGGCACAGGUGCAGGCGAGAGUGGUCGUGGGGGCGGUGUCGUGAGCGACAGUGUGAUCGGUGGAGAGCCCCCGUUUUACCCAUACAGGCACCUAACCGUGCGGUACUACUUGAAGAAAGUUAGCUUGCUCCUACUCAUAUAUGACAAAAUUGGGUACUUGAAAAAGAAGAUGAAUUUUUGCAAGUACAUUCACGUAGAUUUAUUGUCCCUAAUAAACAGAGGGUCGCAAUUUAUUAUCGAGUCCUUUCUCGUGAAAUUGUGCAUGCGAAAUGGCUUCCUUUUGUACUCUCCCUCAGACAAGGAGAUAAUGGAGCAAAGACCUAUUUUGCACAUCCCUUUGGUGCUGCAGCCGAAGAGCUCCAUAAACUUUUUCCCCCUGCUGGUCUUCGACUUCCAAUCCCUUUACCCCUCCAUUGUAAUUGCGUUUAACAUUUGUUACUCCACCUGCUUGGGAACGCUGUCCUUCAAGAGGAGGUCCGAUGCGCAAACCUCGGAAGAGCAUCAGCAGGAGCGGCAGGAGCGAGUAGAGGUUUCCUUGGGGAGGAGCAUCCCCGGGGAGGGUGUCCUCGAAGAGGGCGAGGAGCCCCACUCCAGUGGCGGUAGCUCGUCCGGCGACUUGCUUGAUGGCUUAGAUGUACAGAGGGUGGGCGAGUCGACUGACCCUUCGGAUAACUCGAAUGGGUUGUCUAACCACGUGGGGGGUAACCCAGACGAUGGAUCAAUCGACGGGAGUGGCGAAUGCUUCCAAGAGGUGCCCCCCAAGUGUGAGCCUUUUCUGAAGGAAUCAUGGAGCACCUCCAAUGGAGGAUCAAAACCGGGGGACGUUAUACCCCCUUCGAACUGCCCCGAGUCAAGCCACCCAAGUGACGACAAAAUUUCUGUGAGAGAAGAAGACCUCCCCAAUUGUGAAUUCAUAAGACUAGGAGUGAGGAAGAACCCACCCAAUGUAAAUAAUCUAGUGAAAAAUUUAAGAAGGGAUGAUGUACUCAUAACAAGCAACAACACUGUGUAUGUGAAGAAGAAAAAGAGGAAAGGAAUCUGCACUCUUUUUCUGGAAGAUAUGUUAAAGACAAGAAUAAUGCUGAAGAGGUGUAUUGAAAUUUAUGAUGAGAAAGCAGGAAAAAGGUUAGUAGAAAGAAUGGGGAAAUUAAAAAUGAUAUUAAACGUAGCCACAGGUUAUAUAGGAGCUAACUUUUCAGGCAGAAUGCCAUGUGUGGAUAUAUCAGAGAGUAUUAUUUGUACUGGAAAGAAUUUCCUUCUUUACAUUAUAGAAUAUAUAAAGGAAAAUUAUCAGUAUGUUAAAGUACUCUAUGGAGAUACAGAUUCUUUAUUUUUGUUAAACGAAAUGAAUGACAUUAGCUACACUUUUAGGAUAGCCCACGACAUUUUGAAAAACGUGAAUGCCAUUUUGCCUUCUCCCAUGUAUUUAAAUUUUGAAAAAAUUUAUUGUCCCUCCCUUCUCUUGACCAAAAAGAGGUACUUUGGAUUUGCUUACAAAAAGGAGAGUGAUGAGAAACCUACCCUGCAGCUCAAAGGGGUGGAAGGCAUAAGAUCAGAUCAGUGCAAUUUAGUGAAGAAUGUACUUUUGCAGAUAUAUUUUAUGUUUUACUAUUUCAGGAAUUGUUGUCACUUGUCCUACUGCUGCUGCUGUUGUGCCAUGUGUAGGAAUUUCUUCCCCAAUUUUGUGUGCUCUUGUAGGGAGUUAAAUGUGCAUAGGACGUCCCCGUGCUUCUUGGCGGAGAUGGUGGAGGCGAUACUGCGCGCCUACGCAAAGGUUGGGAGAGGGGCGAGCGGGGUGAAGGAAGCGCGUGGGGAGAAGGAAGCGCGUGGGGGGAAGGAAGCACGUGGGGAGAAGGAAGCGCCUGGGGGGGAACCCCAAACGGAGGAGCGCAAAACUAAGUUAUACAACCAUCUCAUAGGACUAAUAAACAGCGAGAGGAAUAACGCCAUCCUCAAGUUGAUAAAUUACUUAUACAAAGCGAAGUUCGCCUUUCUGUGGCACAUAUUCACCCACUUCGACGUGUCGCUUUUUAAAAUGGAAAUAGAAAAAAUGAUCGAACAGGAUUAUGAAAAAAUUAUUAACCAGACAAAUGACUGCUGUGUUAUGAACCCAAACAAUAUAACAAAACUUUGUCUUUGUGUGAAAGAAAUAAAUGCAAAGAAGAAAUGCGAUAGGGAAAAAUGCUUCUGUAAUGUUAAGCAAGCUCUCCUGUUUUUCUCUCCCAAUGGAAUUGGCGAAAGUGGGACGGGUGCUGUCUUUGGCAUGAAAGUAUUUUACUCCCACCUGACGAUAAACAUAAAGAGAGUGCUACGUGAUUUAUUUAACAGAAUAUACGAUCAUCAAAUUUCGUAUGAUAAUUUUAUUAUAUACAAGAAAGUGAAGUUGGGGACGUACAAGGGAGAAUUGGAGGGGAACAAAAGGAAAGUACCCCUACCGCCUCAAGCAAUUGUGGCAAAGAAGCUUUUAAAAAUGAAUCCCCAUUUGGUCAUCACUUAUAAGGAGAAAAUUCCUUUUGUGGUUACGAAAAAAUUGAAGGAGGAUAAAAUUUACGACUCCGUUGCGCAUCCGUCCUGCAUCAGGGGUAUUUACAAUUGUGCUAGGGGGGUUCCCACAGUGGGAAUGCAGACCGGGGAACGGAACCUUCAAGAGGACGUAUCCCCCCAGAAGGGAAACCAACUCAUGUGUAGCGAGAUUCCCCAAAAUAGUCAAACAAAACUGAAGGAAAUAAACUUCGACUAUUAUAUUCAAAACUUAGUUAUACCCCCGUUGAAGAGAAUGCUGGAUUUGCUCCCCUACGGCUCGCCCAAUCUGGAGGAGAUUUUUUACACAACAAGGAGGAAGUACAGUUGGGGAAAAGCCAAGAUUGACCUGUUCACGAGGAAUGCGGAGCAGCUCGAGAGGAGUCGAUUAAAGGGAAACGAUCUGUCCAGGGAGGGAGUGGACAUAUCCGCGGGGUGGAAAAGGGUCGAAGAAAGAGGGAGCCAUGGUGAGCCGCUCCUCCACCGCGAACCUCACCACCAUGGCACGACAAACUGUAAAGUAAAAACGGGCAACGCAGAAAACGCCAAGGCAAGAACACAAAUAAUUCAAAGUUAUGCAGACGUGAGCAGGUCGCAGAAUAUGGUUAAGCGCUUGAACAAAAUUUGCGCCCAUUGUGCCAACUCCGAAGUGGAGGCGUCGGCGUGCCAGUACGCGGUGCACUGUGAUGUGUUUUUUAAAAAAGUCAUUUUGCAAGAGCGCAUUUCAAAGGGUGAAGAUGCGAUAAGGCGUUUGAUGGGGGAGAGUUUCUCCUAG